GGUAUCUCCCGCCCUCCUGCUCCUCCUUCGCCCGCUCCGCCUCCCUUCCUGCGUUCUCCACCACCGGGGAGGUCCAUAGGCUGCCGAGCUAACUCCCGAAACCCGGGCCCCUGAAGUUUGCGUGCGGCACCGGGAAGACAAGGUCCCGCUUGCCCCGCACAGCCGCUUGCACAUGACGCGGGCUCCGCUGAUGUUCGUACCCGGAGCCGAGCGCUCCCCUACGGUGCGACAUCUCGGCGCUACCGUGAGCUAACAACAUCGAUCUUCGCUGCGGCUUCCACCGCCCCCUCUCCGCCUCUGGUCGACCCCGCUACCGAUCUGUCAUAUAGAGCGUUGAUUGAUUAGCUGGCUCUGGAGCUCCGGGGGCAUCCCGCCUAUCAUCGUCCGUCAUUCGGUGCAGGAAUCCCGAUCAGAAGCCUCCUUUUCUCUGCUUCUCUUCUGCUUUUUUAGGGUCCGCCUCCUCUCUACCUCAGCAGCCCCGAUGCCGCCUGGUCCAUAUCCCUGUGUGUAGCACCAUCAUCUCCUACUUCUAUUAUAAACCUUCAUCGGGUCUGUUGCCUUUAAUAAUCCGAUCAAGAAGCGCUUCAAGGCGACUACAGCCUGCGACGACCCCCGCGGACAUCUCUGGUCCUCAAGUCUGAUUUUUCCUCUCCUCUCUGCAAACCAGCUGGCUGGCGUGUUCCACUUUCCUCCCACACGCAGCUGCCCCACCGUUCCUUAAAUCCUCACCAGCUUCCCAGAGUCGGUCCAACCAUCCACACCGCGGCAGGCCUCCGUGACGCCCGACCCGCGGCGUCCGAGCCACGGGUCCCACCAUGCCGGGUCCGGUGGCCGGGAGCAAGGCCCGUGUGUACGCAGACGUCAACACCCUGAAGAGCCGGGAGUACUGGGACUACGAGGCCCAUGUUCCAAACUGGAACAACCAGGAGGACUACCAGCUGGUCCGUAAGCUGGGCAGAGGGAAGUACAGUGAGGUGUUCGAGGCUAUCAACAUCACUAACAAUGAGAAGGUUGUGGUCAAGAUCCUCAAGCCUGUCAAGAAGAAGAAGAUCAAGCGAGAGAUAAAGAUCCUGGAAAACCUGCGAGGGGGGACCAACAUAAUCCGUCUCGUGGACACAGUCAAAGACCCGGUGUCGAGGACUCCGGCACUCGUGUUUGAAUCCAUCAAUAACACAGACUUUAAGGAGUUGUACCAGAAGUUGACAGAUUAUGACAUUCGUUUCUACAUGUACGAACUACUGAAGGCUCUGGAUUACUGUCACAGUAUGGGAAUCAUGCACCGCGACGUCAAACCUCACAACGUGAUGAUCGACCACCAGUUAAGAAAGCUACGCCUUAUAGACUGGGGGCUGGCAGAGUUUUACCACCCGUCCCAGGAGUACAACGUCAGAGUGGCCUCUCGAUACUUUAAAGGCCCCGAACUUCUGGUGGACUACCAGAUGUAUGACUACAGUUUAGACAUGUGGAGUCUGGGAUGCAUGCUGGCCAGCAUGAUCUUUCAGAAAGAACCAUUCUUCCACGGACAAGACAAUUAUGACCAGCUGGUGAGAAUUGCCAAAGUCCUGGGGACCGACGAGCUGUUUGGUUACCUGCGGAAAUAUCACAUCGAACUGGACCCACGCUUCAAAGACCUGCUAGGACAGCAGAGCAGGAAGCGAUGGGAACAGUUUGUGCAGACUGAGAACCAGCAUUUAGUGAGUCCUGAAGCUCUGGACCUGCUGGAUAAGCUGCUCCGCUACGACCACCAACAGAGACUGACAGCCACCGAGGCCAUGGAACACCCCUACUUCUAUCCUGUAGUAAAGGAGCAGUCUCUAUCAAACUCUGACAACAACAUGGUUUCUAGUGGCAACAGUACAGCACGAUGAAAGAAGUGGAAGGAAGAUGGAUGUCUGUUACCUCAACUUUGAAACCGCUUGUGUCAGAAACUUGUGACGAAGUGUACAGCAACAAAUGGCUCAAAGCGACUCGGACCAGUUUACGCAUUCACAGAAACGUUCACACGGACAAACGUCAAUGCAAGCACACGUCUCCAAACACAAACAGAUGCAGAAACAAACACAAAAAAACCCACCCUCCUCCUCUUCCUCUGUGUCGGUUUGUGAUUGGCUCGUCCUGGUUUCCCGUCUGGCAAUCUGACCAAUGACCUCGAAGCUGCUGCUCCCCAGUCCUUUGACUGCUUCCUGUCCCGUCCUGUCUGGGUCUCACGUAGGUCAACAAAGACAUUUAAAGUCCUCUUGUUUGUCAUCCUUUCAUCCCCACUUUUAUGUUUCCUUCUUCCUUGACUGCAUCAGCAUGGAGAAUGAACAGGAGGUCUGAUUUUUUUUAUUUUUCUUUCCCUGCCCAUCUUUGCCUUUCCAUCAUCCUCCUCCCCAACAGACCACAGGCAUCUUAGCACUACUCCAGAUCUGAUGGCAUGGUGGACUCUCUAGAUAAUAUGAUAAAUAUAAUAUUAAUGACAAAUAAAUGAUUUUUAUUUAGAUGAAUCUA